GUAGAAUACGCAGCGACAAAGACUGCGAGCCUGAAACCUAUGGGGAAGGAGUAAAAAAAAAGACAUUCGGUAUCGUCGCAUUCUGUAUCUUAAGACCAUCAUUUUCUGAGAGGCUCACCGCUUCAGGGGCGAGGUACAGACGCCGAAGUUUGACGACCGUGAGGCCGGAGCUAGCACCAGCGUAAAGUGUGUAAAUUAGCCGCAUAAAGACUGCGGCGACGGACAGGUUUUCCGUUAGAAGAUCUUCAGGCUCUGGUAUAGUGAGGGAGCCGCCAUGGCAGCCGGAUCGCUGAGGCUCCACAUCGGGAUAUGAAGAGGAGCUGCAUGUGUCCCUGAAUUGGCAAGCAAACGGCUCGUUUUGAUUCUGGACCGACAACCGGAGCUGACCGUUGUUCACUUUUGUGGAAAUCACCCCGAAAAGGACUUUUUAUCGAACACGGGGCCACGGGGAGAGGCCAGAUUCAUGACUAUUUCAGUCGGAGACGUGUCUUACUUAUGAGGCCCGUUGAAAGAAAAGCUGGACUAUAAAGGAGGGAAAUGAUGCUCUGAUUGACCGUCGGUGGGAAAGAUUGGACAGUUUUAUUUUGUGAUUAUAAAACUGUGCUAACGGGCUCUCUUUCUGCCUGUGCCCCUAUUCCGAGACUCACAGAUAUUAAUUUACUGUCAACCCCUUUUUUUUUUUUUUUUUGGAUGAGAAGGUUCGGCGACUCGAUCAACCCUGCCGUUUAGCAAGUCGAAAGAAUUAAAGGGAUCGGAUCAUGUCGGGUCGGCCCAGGACCACAUCCUUCGCCGAGAGCUGCAAGCCAGUGCCGCAGCCCUCUGCUUUCGGCAGCAUGAAAGUCAGCCGAGACAAAGAUGGCAGCAAGGUAACGACAGUUGUGGCCACUCCUGGCCAAGGCCCCGACAGGCCACAGGAGGUCAGCUACACAGACACGAAGGUUAUCGGCAACGGAUCCUUUGGCGUCGUCUACCAAGCAAAACUCUGCGACUCUGGGGAACUAGUGGCAAUAAAGAAGGUCCUACAAGAUAAGAGAUUUAAGAAUCGUGAGCUGCAGAUCAUGAGGAAGUUGGACCACUGCAACAUUGUCCGCUUGCGCUACUUCUUCUACUCCAGUGGAGACAAGAAAGACGAGGUGUAUUUGAAUCUGGUUUUGGACUACGUUCCUGAGACCGUCUACAGAGUGGCCAGACACUACAGCCGAGCCAAACAGACGCUGCCAAUGGUUUAUGUCAAGUUGUACAUGUACCAGCUGUUCAGGAGCCUGGCUUACAUCCAUUCGUUUGGGAUCUGCCAUCGGGACAUUAAGCCCCAGAAUCUGCUGCUCGACCCAGAGACGGCUGUUCUCAAGCUCUGCGACUUUGGCAGCGCGAAGCAGCUGGUCCGUGGAGAGCCCAACGUGUCCUACAUCUGCUCUCGCUACUACCGGGCCCCAGAGCUCAUCUUUGGUGCCACUGACUACACCUCCAGCAUAGAUGUGUGGUCAGCUGGCUGCGUCCUGGCAGAGCUGCUGUUAGGACAGCCAAUCUUCCCUGGAGACAGUGGGGUGGAUCAGCUUGUGGAAAUCAUUAAGGUUCUCGGUACUCCAACCCGAGAACAGAUCCGCGAAAUGAACCCCAACUACACUGAGUUCAAAUUCCCCCAGAUCAAGGCCCACCCUUGGACUAAGGUGAGUCAGCAGGUCUUCCGGCCUCGGACCCCUCCGGAGGCCAUCGCCCUCUGCUCUCGCCUGCUGGAGUACACGCCCACUGCGCGCCUCACCCCUCUGGAGGCCUGCGCUCACUCCUUCUUUGAUGAGCUGCGUGACCCCAACAUCAAGCUGCCCAACGGCAGAGAGAAGCCCUCGCUCUUCAACUUCACCACCCAGGAGCUAUCUAGUAAUCCCUCUCUGGCCUCCAUACUCAUCCCUGCCCACGCCCGCAACCAGGCUGUCGCCUCGACACCAACCAACGCGUCUGCCACCACAGAUGGCAGCAGCACGGAGCGAGGUCCCAACACCACCACCGCCUCCGCCUCAGCCUCCAACUCCACCUCCACCUCUUGAGCCUGCAGACCCCACUCGCGCCCCGCCCCGGCCUCAGCCCCCGGCCCACAGCCCCCUCUCCAUUGCGCCCCCCCCGGCCAGGGGGUGAGCUGCGAUCAGCUCUGCUCCUGGCGGCGGCGUGGCGAUGCUGCAGCGGCCCGGGGCUCAGCGGCGACAUGACCACACGAACCCAGCCACCCUGACCUCCACCUCUGACCCCCAGCUGUCUGAACUGUCCUCCACCCACCUAUGCUCCCUUUGACAGGGAAUCGUAGGGGCAGAUGCGUUGCCGACUACAAGUAUACUAAACAUGUAUACUCGAUGGUAGCCUCCUAACAUUUAUAAGAGGACAAUCUGUAAAAAAAAAAAAAAGAAAAAAAAGUCCUUUGUUGCCCCUCAUCGCCUCCUGACUGCCCCUUCCUCGUUAUCAUACCACAUCUCUGCAUCCACCCCCUCCUCCUCUGGUUCCUCCUGUAGUGCAUGACCCAAGUACAGAAGGACCAACCGGAGAGGGGCACCACGACCUUUCACCUCCGCAGACAAGGCAUGAGGUUCAUGCACGUGUAUUACACACACUCAGACACACUCACAUCCUCUCGCACACGUUGAUGCAUGAUGACGACCGCUGGAAGAAGCUCUGCAGAUCGGGUGGUUUAUUUCUUUCGCCUGGGGUUUUUAAUUCUAGCAGCCUGUUUUACUCAUCGUUUUUAUUUUAAUUUUCUUUUUUUUCUACUCCUGGGCAGCGAUUUGGUGAGGCGGGGGGUGUGCGACGACGGAUGUGAUGUGUAUCUGCUUCCUGUGUGCUUGUAUAAUAUAUACAUACAGUACAAACGAGCAUACACACAGUUUAUAUAAUACUUUUCUUUCUGUAUAAAAAGUAUAUAUAGAUAAAUGUAUAAUAACUACAAUGGUUCAGAAAUCAUUUAUGGUGAGCUCAUAUCUGGCAGCGUAGCGGCAAUAUUUGCAGCUGCCUAAAGACGGAUCUGGAUAAGUUGAUGUUUUGUUUGUUGCUCCUGUUCUUGCUGGAAGCGUUGGAGUCCAGCAGCAGCUUCGCUCCUCUCCUGUGUUGCGUGUAUUAAAGGCUGUAGGUGGAUUUAGAGCACCUGCUUUAUUCCUUUUUGCCUUGGACUCCGUAACGCUGCAACGGUGCAGCAUCUCGACAAACCAGUUCUCCUGUCAGCAUCCCGCCUCUCUCUUCCAGAUGAUCACAGUUUUUUGUGUUUUUUUUUUUUGUUUCGUUUUUCAGCGAGCGCGCUCCUUAAAGUGUUAACCACCGUUCGUCCCCGCAGCACAGUGCAUAGAGAGCUGCUCGGUACUGUCCAGAUGUGUUUAUUUACCAAGAACACUCACUACAUUAAAAAUAGAAAAGGAAAAAAAACAACAAAAAAACAAUUUGUAUAUACAGUAUAAAUGCUCCUUACCAAAAUUCUGACUUGUACGUCUUGUAUCUUGUUUUUUAUGUUACGAUUAUUACUUUUUUUUUUUUCCCAUGUUGUGUUUAAGGUAUGUAUAUACGCUGACCCAUGUACUGUUUAUGAGUGAAAACAAAGAGUUGGGAAAGAAAAGAAGAAAAAAAAAGAAUCAGGGCUGAACUGAUAUUGUUUAUGGAUAUUGUUAGAUGACGAUGAUCAGCUUUAUCCAGCCAUAUGUUCAAUCUUACCUGUACAGUACAGUAGAUGACAGCUGUAUUAUUGUAACAAGAACUAGUCAUGUAUAGUGUAACUAUAGUUUGGAGUGCCUUUGCUUUCAUACACCUUCGCCUUGUCUCCUCCAUCACCCCCGUCCCUCAAUGUCGUGAUUCCCCCCCUCGGUGCUGUCAAACGUCCCGCCGCACGAGCCUCCACCUUCUCCUCCUCCUCGCCCCCGUCCUUCAUCGCACACUUUGUGGAUUAUACAGACAUUAAUUGUAAGGUUCCCCCCCAACCUCAUCCCUCAGCUGAAGAUACAAUAUAGACUUUGGGAACUGAUGUUUAUUUUGAUAGAUGUUUUAUCACGGGCACGCACGUGGACUGAUGAGGCAGCAGGAGGCCUCUCGUACUGUAAAUGUAGACUACAGUAGAGAUUCAGUAUUGCUCACAGUGUUGGUUCUGUUACCAAAGCCGAACGUUGACGUAGUUGUGAUGAGCCAUCCUCAGAGGCAAUAACUCUCUGUUCUUUUUCUCCUCCCCUCUGUCUGGAUAUUUCUGUUGUCUCUGGGCUGCAUAUCUUGAAACGUAGACAGGGAGGGUUGGGGUAGGACUCAGUAGCACCUAAAGGGGGGGGGGGUCGAGUCAUGUAGCCUAUCUCCCACGUCUCCUGCUUGCUGUAAUUUUGCAUUCAUGAACGUGUUGCUUCCCUCCAACAGAAGGUUUGACCACUGUACCCCAACCCUCGACACCCAGUUCAAUAAAAACAAAAUGGUUACCAAAAACAGAAAACAAAGUAUAUCUACUAGUAUAAUAAGUCAUACUAGCAUAUAUACUGGUCAUAUGCUAACUGGGGUAAAAGAAACAGAAACAGAGUAAAAGAAAAAAAUACAACAAAUACAUCCUGUAUAACAGUACUACUACUUGAAUGCCUCUGUUUGUGACUGAAUUGUUUUUUUGUUUUGAUUUUUCCUUUUGUUUCUGUGAAGGUAUGCUAAAUGUUGCGCCUCUGUAAAUAUUCCCUCUGCGUGCUCCGAGGAAUAGUUCCCUGGUACUGUAAUUUGCAACAAAUAAAGAGUAGGGUAGCCUGGAAAUGAUCAA